AUGGAAGUAACUCAUCUGCUGUAUGCAGAUGAUGCUCUGGUCUUUUGUGAAUCUGAGGUAUUACAAGUCAGGCAUCUGAGGGUUAUUCUUACCAUUUUUGAAGGUAUUUCUGGGCUGCAGGUAAACUGGCACAAAAGCCAUCUUUUUCCAGUGAAUCAAGUUGGGAACCUACAGGAAUUAGCUGAGAACAUAGGCUGCCAAGUGGGAUCUCUGCCCACAAAAUACCUGGGCCUGCCCUUGGGUGCUAAAAAUAGAGAAUUGGAAAUUUGGUGUGAGGUGCUGGAAAAAUGUGAAAGGAAGCUAGUUAGAUGGAAGAGCCAGUAUCUAUCUUUGGGGGGCAGAGCGACAUUGAUAAAAUCUGUGAUGGAUGGUCUUCCUUCUUACAUGAUGAGCCUAUUCCCAGUCCCAUAA